AAGCGCCGCACGUUAGCUGCCUCCUCUACAUCGACCUUCCAUUGCUUCACCUCCAUCAUGGCUUCGACCGAUGCCCCAUUCGUAGAGGAUGCAGAGAUUGAGCAGCAGUUGGAGGAACUAUCGCACCGCAAAAAGCCCACAUCUUCUCUUGCUCGGAUUCCCGCAGCACCUAUUCAAUCUGAUAGCGAGGGCGACGAAGAAUCCCCGCUGUUGCGGCGUAGGCGUGGUCACGAACGCGGUGGCAACGGACAAGAACAAGAUGAGGAAGAGAGCGAGGAGUGGUUUGGAUAUGCCGAAUUUCAAGGGCUUCCCUGGUGGAAACGACCCUCUAUAUAUUGGCUCAUCCCUCCAUUUUUACUCUUCACUCUAGCUAUUGGAAGCAUCAUCGUCCCCAAGAUCAACUUGAUCAUGGACUUGGUAUGCGAAGAAUACUACGCCGCGCAAGACCCCGAUCCCAUAAGCGGGCCUCUGGACCCAGGCCAACAGCCCGAUCGCUGCCGAACGGAUGCUGUUUCUGCACGGUCAUCUUUGUUUCUACUCUAUGGAAGCCUGGUAUCUGGCAUUCUCACAGCCAUCACUUCUCCGAAGUUGGGUGCUUUGUCUGAUCGAUUCGGCCGGAAAAAGCUGUUGACUUUUACCGCUUUUGGUACCCUGGUUGGAGAGGUUCUCACAAUUCUCGCCGCCAAGUAUCCAGAGAAGGUACACGUCAACUGGAUAUUAGUUGGUUACGCAGCUGAUGGACUUUGUGGCUCAUUUAUCGUCGGCAUGGCUCUCGCCCAUGCUUACGCCUCGGACUGCACCUCGCCACAGAGACGCAAUGUCGCUUUUGGGUACUUCCAUGCUUGCCUCUUCACUGGAAUCGCUCUCGGACCCGUAGCUGCAGGGUACAUCAUCAAGGCCCGUGAAAAAUACGUAGGCAAAACAGAGGCCGUUCUGCUCGUAUUCUACAUAGCGCUAGCAUGCCAUGUUGUUUUCAUCCUAUUCUUGACCUUCGUUAUUCCAGAAUCUUUGACCAAAUCACGACAAGAAGCAGCAAGAGAGAAGUAUCGCGAAGAAAGGGAGCGGAUCGGACCAGCCGCCGACUGGAUCAACCAACUCCGAUCCAUCAACCUUCUAGCACCCCUCAAAAUCCUCUGGCCAACAGGCCCUGGCUCAAACUCGGCCGUCCGCUGGAAUUUGAUUCUCCUUGCCGCGACUGAUACCAUCAUGUUUGGUGUAGCCAUGGGAGCCAUGGGCGUCAUCCUGGUGUACGUUCGCCAGCAAUUCGCCUGGCAGGAGCUUGAGUCCGGACGCUUUGUUUCCAUCGUCAACAGCGCUCGCGUUUUCUGCCUCUUAGUCGCCCUCCCGUUGGUCACACGCAUCGUACGGGGCAAACAGGGCACCAAGUCCCAACCUCACUCUGGCUCCGACCGGUUCGAUCUGUUCAUCAUCCGUUUGGCUGUUUUGUUCGACAUGAUGGGUUUCCUAGGCUACACGCUUGCACGAGACGGCAGUGUCUUCAUUCUCUCGGGGACUGUCGCUGCAAUUGGUGGAAUUGGAUCGCCCACUCUGGGAUCAGCCUUAACCAAACACGUCCGUCCCGACCAGGUUGGACAGCUUUUGGGUGCGACGGGUUUGCUCCAUGCGUUCGCUAGAGUGCUGGGACCGACAAUCUUCAACGGCAUUUACAGUGCGACGGUGUCGACUUACCGCCAGACUGUCUUUGUGUGUCUGACGGUCACUUUUGGAACUGCUUUGUUGUGCAGUUGGUUCGUUAGGCCACAUGUGUACCUCGAGGACCUCGACUCCAAUGGCGCUCCGUCACGUAGAGAGAGUGUUGUUGAUAACCUCGAAGAAGAUUCACUCAUAUCGCGUACAUGA